AUGCGUUUAUUUUGUGUUUCCAAAUUUGGGGGUGGAAAAUGCAAAAUCCGAGAAGAAGAGAAAACUUUGAUAAGACCACUGCAAUUGACAUUAAUUUCGGCUGGACUGAUGAGGAAAGAAGAGGAAGAAGGUACGGUUGAAGGAGCUGUUAAGGGAACUGUUGAGGAGGAAAAAGUUUUGUUGCUGCCCCAAAAUAGCAUAGAUACACCUCCUACUAUUGGAGAUGAAAUAUCUUUUCUUGAUGAUGAAGGUGGUGACGGGUUUGACGCUGGUGACGCUGGUGACACUGACAACCGUGAUGGCAGGUUUGGCGGGUUUGAAAACCUGAGUGACGAGGAAGAGGAGGAGGAGGAGGAUAUGGAGGAUAUGGAGGAGGAGGAGAUGUGGCUGGAGCAUCAGGUCAAAAACUUUGUACCCGAGAUUGAAGAGCGGCCACCCGUUGAUAGAAGACUCUCUAGAGCUGAUGCUGAGUCGAUAGUUGGUGGUGAAUCCAUCUCCAACAUCCAUCAAGAAACCAAACAACAAUCUAAUAGAGAGCAUCCAGUAGCUGACCCAAAUUUAUCAACCGAAGAUCAGCAAAUUAAAGUCAGCGAUGGUUCUUUUUCACACUCCAAAAUGAAAAACUAUAACCAGUCACAAAAGGUGUUUUCGUUUGCAUUGCCGUUUGGGGGACUCGAAACUAUUAAGCAUAACUUAACUAAACAAUUGCAGAAUUUUAAAAUUGAUGUCCCAUUUGUUGGAAACAAUAACAACAAUAAUAACAACAAUAUCAAUAGUGAGGACUUGAAAAGAUUACGACGAGAAGUAGACUUGAAACUAGAGAGACAACAGACCAUAAGUACGUUAGAUGACGAAAACUACUUUAGAGAUUUCAAAGGAACCGAUGCUGGUAGAUUAAAAGCCAUAAAGCAUUCCAUUUCAGCAAAUGUUAAUGAAAUAAUACCCCAUAAGAAAAAGGGGGAACUACAUGAUUAUGAAACAAUUUAUGAUAGAAUUGAUGGCAACAUAGUGGUUAUGGGAGGGUAUAGAGGUUCCAUCCUAAGAGACACAAGUACAAAAAAAAGAGUUUGGAUACCGAUAAAAGCAGGGUUUAAUUUGAGAAAAAUAAAUCUCCUUUUAGGUCCAAAUAAAGAAGAUGAACUAAAUGCAGAAGACAAGAUUUAUCCCGAUGGGGUAUUGAAAAACGUUGGUCCAGUUGAUAUAUGUAAGAAACUUAUUAAUAAACUAGACGCUAACCCUAAUGUCAAUAUCCAAGAGUUUGGAUACGAUUGGAGAUUAAGCGGUGAUUACGUCUCGCAUAAGAUUGAAAAGUUUUUGGAGGAAAUAUACAAACUAACAGGCAAACCUACAUUAGUUAUUGCUCAUUCAAUGGGAGGGUUAAUGGUGCAUGGAGCAUUACAAAGAAAUCCCAAAUUAUUUCGAUCCGUCAUUUAUGUUGGAUCACCAAGUGAGUGCUUGAAUAUAUUGGGCCCAAUAAGGUUUGGUGAUUCAGUUAUAUUAUCAGAUAAGAUCUUGACCUAUGAGACGAAUUUUAUGAUGCGAUCUAGUUUUAUCUUUUUACCAUUAAGCGGAGAGGUUUUUUACAAUAAGGACACAAAGGAGAAUUACAAGAUAGAUUAUUUUGACCCUGAUAAUUGGGUCGAGUACAAUUUAAACCCGUUGGUGGCUAAAAAGAGGAAAAUUGCUGCAGAAGCAGCUGCUAAUAAUUCAGCAUCUGCUGUUUCGAGUGGCUCACCGCCAUCCUCUCUACUCUCCUCAUCGAGUACGUUAUCUUUCCCAACCAUCAAUAUCAACCAGAUUGGAACUACAAUCACCAAAAUAUAUAGAUCGUCAUCAUUGAAGAAAAAAGCAACCUCACCUUCAUGCUCAAAUAUUUCACCACCAAGCAGUAGGGAGAGUACUGCUUCUGCUCUUCCCCAAGAUGAUGACCAUUAUUCACUCAGCUUUGCUGAAGCAUAUAGGUACCUAUCGGAAACAUUAAAGGCGACUAAAAGAUACGUGCUUUCACUUGAAUAUAAUCCCGAAUUAGAAGCAGAAUAUCCACCAAUGGCAAUAGUAUAUGGUAACACUAUCCCAUCAGUGAGAGGAUCUAUAGUUAGACUGAGAGAAGACAUCAAGAAUGGUAAUUAUUAUGAAUUUUUUUAUGGUCAUGGAGAUGGUGUGAUACAUCAAAAAUGGUUAAUGCCCGAAAAGAAAGGAUUUAAAUAUUACGAUAAGCUGAGUGGAACUGGUCAAAUUGUAGGUAAAUUUGCAAGUAGUUGUGCUCAUGUUGGCUUGAUGACUGAUCAUGAUACAAUGGGGAAAGCGUUGAAUGCAGUUUUUGAAGCUGAAAAGUUUUGGGAGAAGAAGAAACAAAGGCAGAGAGAGAAGCAAAAAGGAAGGGUGAACAAAAACUUAACCUAA